ACAUGUUAAUGGCAAAUGUUGUUCUUCUAGGUACCUUAGGUACCUAUCUUAACGAAACCAUCACCGAGCUUUCUAAACUGAACAGGUUUUUCAUUCGGGGAGGGCGCGAAAUGUUAUUAGAGUCUUAUUACUCGUACAUAUUUUCUCUGAUGCACAGCAAAUACAUCCUUUAACCCAACCCAACUUGUCUUUAAUUUUGAAUGGUUUUAUUUUCCCAUCCGUACCUAGAAUUUUUCGGUUUAAUGCCGUGAAGAAAAAAAAGAAGAAAAAAAAAAAGCAGACUCAAUCAUCAUGAGUAGUAGCCCUAAGGACAUCGAGCGGUCCCUCGUGCAGGCCUACGACGACCCCGAUCAGGAUGACUUCCGCUCGAUUGAUCCCGAGUCCGGGGUCAAACGCGGCCUGAAGACGCGACAUUUAUCGAUGAUGGCUCUGGCCGGAAUCAUUGGACCCGGACUUUUGGUCGGUAGCGGAGGCGCAUUGUCCGCCGGUGGGCCGGCAUCGCUAUUGAUUGGCUUCGGCGUCAUCGGUAUAAUUGCUUUUAGUAUUAUGCAAAGCUUGGGCGAGUUAACCACUCUGUAUCCUUCCGGAGGUGCUUUCACUCAGCUAGCGUCUCGGUUCGUUGAUCCUGCGUUUGGUGUCGCUGUCGGUUGGAACUACUUCGUUAUCUGGUUCGCUGUCCUCGCCAACGAGUACAAUGCCACAACCAGCAUCCUGGUAUUCUGGAGCGACAAGGUGCCCGUCUGGGGGUAUUUUCUCCUCUUAUGGACUGCCUUCUUACUAUUCCAACUUCUGGGCGUUUCCACAUUUGGGGAGGCCGAGUUUUGGUUGGCCCUUCUAAAGCUUGUAGGAUUGGUGGCAUUCUACCUAUUUUCCAUCGUAUAUGUCUCGGGUGGGAUCAGCGGAGCCGAUGCCAUAGGCUUUCGGUAUUGGCACGACCCCGGACCUUUUGUCGAAGGCUUCCGUGGUGUCGCUAAAGUUUUCGUUUUCUGCUCUACCUUCUACGCCGGCUGCGAGUCGGUUGCUGUGGCCGCCACCGAGACCAAGAACCCCAGAGUCGCGGUUCCGCUGGCCAUCCGCCAAGUCUUCUGGCGCAUCAUAUUCGUCUAUAUGGGUGCAGCUUUCUUUUUCGGCCUCACCUGUCCCGCGAAUGAUGAACAGCUUGUUAAUGGAACCAGCCGUGCCUUGUUGAGUCCGAUGACCGUUGCGAUCCAAAAUGCGGGCUGGCAAGGUGGCGUUCACCUUAUAAACGCCUUUAUCCUUAUCACCUGUAUUUCCGCCAUUAACAGUUCUAUCUACGUCGCAUCGCGAACCCUGCUAUUUAUGGCACAGCAAAGGAUGGCCCCGUCUUUCCUUGGGUGGACAGACAAGAGGGGAGUACCAAUCCCCGCUAUCACACUAGCAAAUGCUUUCGGCGCAAUAUCUAUGAUGAACGUAUCAACCGGAGCUUCCAAAGCUUACGGAUAUAUUGUCAACUUGAGUGGUGUAUCGACAUUCUUAGUUUGGGGGUCUAUUUCUCUCACCCAUAUUCGAUUCCGCCAAGCCUGGGAAGCACAGGGCUACCGUGUCGAGGAUUUGCCUUACGUUUCCCUCUGGUACCCUUGGAAUGCAUACUUUGGGUUGGCGGCGAACAUGUUCCUAGCGUUGGUGCAAGGUUGGUCGAACUUCUCACCGUGGGACGCCGGCGGCUUCGUCGAUGCUUACAUACUGUUACCAUUGUUCUUUGUUAUAUUUGUUGGAUAUAAGUUCGCAUUUAAGACACGUAUUUGGAGGAAAGAUGAGAUUGAUUUGCAGGCUGGGAGGCGCCGCGACUUAGAAGAAGAUAAGGAGAUUGCCCGGGCUGAAAUAGGGGUCCCUCAGCCGUGGUGGCGUCGGCUUCUGAAGAGCUUAUAACCCUAUUUGCCCAGGUUCCAAUCUUAGUUGUAUAUGUUGAUAAGUAUACCUCGAGUAUUAGGGUAGGUAGGAAAAUACAAUGAAGCGUAUAUCAAUA